AUGAAUCAGAGGGAUAAUCCAGUCUCUGAAAUCUCUCUGCAGAAAGACUUCAGAGUUCAGGAGCUGCCCUUGGCUCGGAUUAAGAAAAUCAUGAAAUUGGAUGAAGAUGUGAAGGUACAUUCUGGUUUUUUACCUGGAAUUUAUGAUCCUGGAAAAGGAUUUAAGGUCCUUUUCCUGGAUAUUAGGAACGACAUCGCCAUGGCCAUCACCAAGUUCGACCAGUUCGAUUUCCUGAUCGAUAUCGUGCCCCGGGACGAGCUGAAGCCCCCGAAGCGCCAGGACUGCCCCAACCCCAACCCCAGCAGGGCCAGGACAGGACUGCCCCAGCAGGGCCAGACCACCCCCGUGACCAUGCAGGUGGGAGAGGGGCAGCAGGUCCAGAUCGUGCAGGCCCAGCCCCAGGGCCAGAGCCAGCAGGGUCAGAGCAGCACAGGACAAACCAUGCAAGUGAUGCAGCAAAUCAUCACCAACACGGGAGAAAUCCAGCAAAUCCCGGUGCAGUUGAAUGCUGGCCAGCUGCAGUAUAUCCGCUUAGCCCAACCCGUGUCAGGCACCCAGGUAGUCCAGGGGCAGAUCCAGACGCUUGCAACCAAUGCACAGCAGAUAACGCAGACAGAGGUGCAGCAGGGGCAGCAGCAGUUCAGCCAGUUCACAGAUGGACAGCAGCUGUACCAGAUCCAGCAGGUGACGAUGCCCGCGGGCCAGGACAUCACCCAGCCCAUGUUCAUCCAGUCCAGCAGCCAGAGCUCGGACACCCAGGCCACGCAGGUGACGGGGGACUGAGCAGGGAGCGGGUGACAGUCCCCAAAUCCACCCUGAGCACCCUGCCAGCCCCACCUGGGCCCAGCAGCGCACCUGGGAGCCAGCCUGUGCCAGGCUCUGCAUCUCCACCUCGCUCUGCUGGUGGUGGCAAUAUCCAGAAUAUCCAGCAGACUCUGCCAAGAAUGCAAUAUUUGUAUUUUCCAAACCAAUCUUUGUGUAUCCAGCUGCUUUUCCAAACCCCGAGGGAAGCGAUCCGGAGGGAUUUGGAGCAUCUCAUUGAACAAAUGUGGAAAAUGUUUUUUAUUUCUAGGAAAAUCCUGAGGGUACUGCUCCUGUCAGAGCUCUAUUCCUGCUGUUCUGUUUGUAUUUUUUUUUUCUCUGGAUAGAGCUAGGUUUGGUCCUCCCAUCUCAGUGGGUUUUAGGGAAUUUUUUUUUGGGGGGGGGCGUGUGUGUGGUUUAGAUUUUUCCCUCCUGCCUCCUUUUUUUGGAGCAUUUGCUGUAUGCAGGGAAUAGGAGGAGGAAUUGGAGUGAAACAAAAUAAAAAAAAACAUUCCUUGUAUUAUGAUUGUAUUUUCUAAGAGCAAAAUAUCCUUGAUUUUGGCCUCUGGAUUCCAGAAAAACUGAUGGAAUCUGGACAAAACCCCAGCCCUGCUGUUACCUGUUGUCCUGGCUUUGUUCCAUGCAUGUAAUAUAAGCUUCAUAAAAGAAAAUAAAUUUGCUUUUGUCAGA